AAGUUUCCAAUGACUUGUUUGGCAAAGGUUUGUGUAUAUGUAGAUGAGAAACUAACAAAAGUGAGGAGAAAGAAAAGAUCAGAGUCUCAAGUAGACAGGUUGGAUAAUCAGGAGGAGAACCUUCCUGAGAAUAAGCAUAGAAAGAGCUAUUUAGGUUACGUGCUGGCUGAAACAAGCUUGUAGCUAUGUCAGCAAAGGUGCUGUCUCUUGUCUAAUAUUUUCAUGUUUAAAGAAAAAAAACUGUACACUCUUAGUAAAUAAACAGGACUACAUCAAGGGAACAUCUGACUCACGUCUAGAAAAAGUCAGAAGACGCUCAACCUUUGGCUAGCAUCUCGGAUCAAAACUGCCCUUGAAUAAUGGCAGAAAUGGAAACCACAACAGAGACAUCAAACAAAUAUAGUUUCAAAUUCAAAGGAUUUAAUUUCCAAAAGGAACUAGUUAAACCUGACUAUCUAGAGACAAUGGAGGACUUUGAAACCAGAGACGGCGAUGUAUUUAUAAUUACUUAUCCCAAGUCUGGUACCGUGUGGACUCAAAACAUUUUGGCUUUGAUUCAUUAUGAAGGACAUCGCGAUGGGACAGAAAAUACUGAAACAAAGCAGCGAAUCCCAUUUUUUGACUACAACAUGCAGAAUUUGGAUUUUACCCAGUGGCCAUCACCUCAUCAUUUACGUCUAUAGAAACCCUAAGGAUGUUGUGGUGUCCUUUUUUCAUUUCUCCAAAACUUUCGUUAGAUUAGAGGAAUCACCAGAUCUAGGCCAUUUCCUGGAGAGGUUUUUAUCAGGGAAAGGUAAGAUUUCAUUCACUGUUAAACCAAGCAAAGGAAGAAUAACAUUGAGAA